AUGCGUUUCAUUGAUUCUUUACGGUCGGAAAUUUUACAGAAAAUGGAAACAUCAAAUUUUGGAAAUCUGAUCCAUCUAAUUGAACGUUCCAUUGGAAAGUCUGGCGCUUUUGGGAUAACUCAUACUACGAGUUUAGGAUUAAUGGCAUCUGCGCAUCAUGCUGCUCUCGAUGCUAAUAGCCCUACUGAUGUUUUUGAAACACUUAUGAAAUCCGAUGCUUUGAAUUCCAAACACUCAAUGUCUGAUUUAAUGUCAAUGACAUAUGCAGAAAAAUCAGCGCUUUGGGCAUACUAUGGAAAAGCCAAAAUGUCAACAAUUUGUGCACAAUUAUUAUUACUUCAUAAUUCACAAAAUAAUAAACAAAAUUUAUUUAAUGGUGAAUCAACUUGUCAAGAAGUCACUAAUAUUAUUAAUGCUUUAGUUGAAAAUGGUGAAUAUAAGCUGGUGGAUGUAGUAUUAAAUCAUGCUAAAGAACGAUUUAACAAUUUAAUAAGUAAUAAGAUAUGGAUCUCAAGUGAACGAUUAUUUGAAUUUAUGAAGAUAAUGAGACAUGAAAGAUGGAGUGAAGCGGAAAAUAUAGCGAACCAAAUAUCAAGCUUAUUACCAUUUGAAAGUAAAUUACGCUUCGCAGAAAUUACAAUUGCUACAGGUGAUUAUGUAGCUGGAUUAAAACUUUUGAGUAAUACUGAAGAAAAUACAAUCCUAACCGCCAGUAAUCGUAUACAAUUGAUGAUUGUUUUGAGUAAAAUAUUAAACUUAUCAGCAGUUUCUGACCAAAAGUUUACCAGCGUCAAUACUUUUGUAUUAUUGAAUUCAGCUUUAAAAAUAGCUCGAACAUAUCAUUUAUCUUAUUACGAAGCUGUAAUUAAAAUGAAUCUCGCAACACUCCAGUUGAUGAUUGGGAUGCCAAAUCAAGCACUAGUUUUAAUUAAUGAAGCCAUGGAACAAAUUUUAGCUCACGGUAGUUGUUUUGAUCGAGGAUGGGCAUUCACAUUAAAUGCUCAAUGUCUAGUAGCGACAGCUCCACUUGAUUCAAAAAAACGUAAAUUAAUCUUGCAAGAUGCGAUUGAAUAUCUUCUGAAAGCUAAAAGCUAUUUUCAGAAAAUUGAAGCUUUUAGUAGAAUUAAAAGUACUACGUAUUUUCUUUCUCUGAUUUAUAACGAGCUGGGUAUGAAGACUAAACGAAAUCAAUUUGCUUUUGAAUAUCGACAAAAUAAUGGAGAAAAUGUUAUAAAAUCAAAAAUUGUGACAUUGUUCUAA